AUGCAGAUCUUCGUGAAGACUUUAACUGGCAAGACUAUCACCCUUGAGGUUGAGUCUUCUGAUACCAUCGACAACGUGAAGUCGAAGAUUCAGGACAAAGAAGGCAUUCCUCCAGAUCAGCAACGUCUCAUCUUUGCCGGCAAACAACUAGAAGACGGUCGUACGUUGAGCGACUAUAACAUCCAGAAGGAGUCGACUCUCCACCUCGUGCUCCGCCUUCGUGGUGGUAUGCAGAUUUUUGUUAAGACUCUCACUGGAAAGACCAUUACUCUUGAAGUUGAAUCGUCCGACACUAUCGAUAAUGUGAAGUCGAAGAUUCAGGACAAAGAAGGCAUUCCUCCAGACCAGCAACGUCUCAUCUUCGCUGGCAAACAGCUAGAAGAUGGCCGUACUCUGAGCGACUACAAUAUCCAAAAAGAGUCUACCCUUCACUUGGUUUUGCGUCUGCGUGGUGGAAUGCAGAUUUUCGUUAAGACCCUGACCGGAAAAACCAUCACACUCGAAGUUGAAUCCAGCGACACGAUUGAUAAUGUCAAAUCAAAGAUUCAAGACAAGGAAGGUAUUCCGCCAGACCAACAGCGUCUUAUCUUCGCUGGCAAGCAACUAGAAGAUGGCCGCACGUUGUCAGACUACAACAUCCAGAAGGAGAGCACUCUGCACCUGGUUCUUCGUCUACGUGGUGGGAUGCAAAUCUUUGUAAAGACGCUCACUGGAAAGACUAUUACUCUCGAGGUUGAAUCGUCGGACACUAUUGACAACGUGAAAUCCAAGAUUCAAGACAAGGAGGGUAUCCCACCAGACCAACAACGUCUGAUUUUCGCCGGAAAGCAGUUGGAAGAUGGUAGGACCUUGUCCGACUACAACAUUCAGAAAGAGUCGACUUUGCACCUCGUGCUCCGUCUUCGGGGUGGCCAAUAG